UACGGUUUAUAUUAAUUGUUUUAACGUGACACCUUUUAUUAUGAUCAAAUAGUUAAUGUAAAUAAGAAUUUCGAAUAAGAUGUUUAGGCAUAAUUAUUUGUCUCCAUUGAAAUGAUUGUCUCGAUUAAACUUAACUAGUCUUCAUCAGGACGCUAUACGAAGCACGCGAAAUGUAGAGCUAGGUACAAGAGAGAUUAUUUUGUAAUUUAUCGAAACUGAACUUUGGAUCUAAACUAUUGGGAACAUGGAAAAGGAAAAAGGAAGCGAUGUGUUAUCGGACAUAUUAGAGAGAUUUGGCAAAUACCAAAUAAUUCAAUAUAUUUUAGUGUGCCUGCCAAUCAUUUUUGUUUCUAUGAAUAGUGUUAAUUACGUUUUCAUUGCUGGGGAUGUCGGUUACAGGUGCUUUAUACCAGAAUGCGAGUCCUCAAAUCCAUCAUACUCAGUAGAUUGGUGGCCGAAUUCAGUUACCGAUAGAUGCAAGAAGCCGAUGUUAAACAAAUCUCUAUUGGAAGACAAUGUUUGUGCAAACAGCAGUUUUCUAACCGAGGUGGAAACAUGCACGCAUUGGGUUUAUGAAAGUAACAAUACAAUUGUAGGUGAGUUCGAUAUGGCCUGUGAACCAUGGAAAACGAAUAUUAUCGGAAUGAUACGAAAUAUUGGCAUGGCCACAUCUAUGCUCAUAGUGGGAUGGGUUGCAGAUAAGAUUGGCCGUAAACCUGCAUUUAUAGUGUGCGCAGUUGGCGUUUUAUUAGGAAAUUUCAAGACAAUCACUACUUCAUACAAUAUAUACAUAACUUUGGAGUUUCUGGAAUCUCUCGUGUCAGGUGGAGCUUAUACUUCUGGGAUGGUUUUAAUGAUUGAAAUUGGCGGGAAGAAGAACAGGAUACUUGCUGGGGUUUUAUUCGCAUAUGCAAUUUACAUGGGUGAAGCUUUGUUCGCGUGCAUUGCUAUGCUAGUACCCUAUUGGAAACACUUACUUUACAUUAUGUGCUGUCCAUCUAUAGUAUUUCUUUCAUACAUCUUCAUUAUCAAAGAGAGCCCCAGGUGGCAAAUUUUGAAUGAGAGGACUGAAAAAGCGAAGAAUACUCUCAAAGUCAUAGCCAAAAUGAACAAAAUAGACGUAAAUUUAGCGGUUUUAGAUAAUUUAAGUGAAGACCAGUUAAAACGGACGUGUAGCGACGAAUCAAAGAGCAAAAGGGAAGGUUACAAAGAUGUAUUCAAAUCUAGAGAAAUGAUUAAACGGAUAUUGGUCGCAUCUUUCUGUAGAUUUACAGUUAGUUUCAUAUAUUAUGGUCUAAUUGUGAAUUCUGUUUGGUUGCCUGGAAACAAAUAUACAAACUUCAUGUUAGCGGCUGUUAUGUCGUUUCCAGGAGAACUGAUUUCUAUGUAUUUUAUGAAUAAAUAUGGGAGGAAGGUGCCUUUAUUUUUGGGGUACUUGAUAUGUGCCGCCGCUUGUAUUAUGAGUGGAUAUGUCUCUGAUCAUUACACAGAGAUUAAAAUUUCUCUUUUCCUGAUCGGAAAGCUUGUGGUUGCCGCCUGUUACACUGGAAUAGUUACUUACACAAUGGAACUAUUUCCAACCAGUGUGAGAGGCUCCCUACUCGGGUUCUGCACGUUGGCGUCUUGUGCUGGUACUACGUUAGCUCCAUUAUCAUCUAUAUUGACAAGAAUAUCACCAGCGCUAACUUCCGUAUGCUUUGGUUUUUCGGCUGUGGUAUCUAGUUUACUUUUAAUUCUUACCCCGGAAACCAAGGAUCUGCCUCUAAUGGACACAAUAGGACAAGUACAGGACUAUGUUAAAGCUGCCAAAGAAAAAAGGGCCCUGAAAAAACAAAAGAAUGACACAAAUAAUUCGUUUGAAGUCGAAUAUACAACGCGGUUUUGAUAAUUAACUUCGUCUUAGAUAUUUUAUAUUGAAAUGUUUUAUUAAAAACGUUCAUAAGUU